CCGAUUAUUUCCCUUUGUAUGAGAAACAGCUUUUGUAACCGUAAAUAGAAUUUAUAUACAAAUCGGAUAUCCUAGCUGAUUUAAAUGUCAAAUAUACACUUUUCAUCCCGCUUGCAUUUCAUAUGAACUACGUGCGUGGAGAUAUUUUAUAGUUUUACAGAUCCAGCCAGCAACAGGAAUGAUUUCCACAUUCAAAUCAGCAUUAGCAUGCGAGAACAGGAGAACUAGACUCGUUUGGAUCUUGUUGUUUCUUCUUCUGAAUGAAGUCAAAUGGAUUCAUACAGAAGAAUCUAUAACCAUUUUGAGUGGUACCUGUGGUGACAUGUAUGAUGCAGAAUAUUACGAGUCUGUCAGUGUGCAGUAUGAUGGCUCAGACGUGUUAUAUGACAAUCCUUGUUCUGUUGAAUUUUACAAGGCUUCAAAUGAUCAUUAUCUGUGUGUGUCGGGGAAGGAAAUAAAGCUGGACUGUGACACCGUGCUUGAAUACCACGACGGUUUUGUGAAGAACUACAUCCCUCCCGAGAAAAAGAUGUUAUGCAAUUCUACAUUUCUUGAUGAGUGGUGUCCCAGCCAGUAUCAAGACAAUAUCUAUGUUGUGAUCAGAAAGCCUCAGCGCUCUACAUCUGAUGUGAUCAGGUUACAUGUGUAUUUGAAAGAAGUACCUGACAACGAUGAGGACAGUUUUCCUACAAGAAUUAUUCUAGUUUCGGUUCUACCCGCAGUGAUUAUUAUAAUUAUUAGCGUUGUGGUAAUGUGUAUCCGCCUGAAGGUAGCGCAUACAUACGGAAGGCAAUCCAAUGUUGCAUAUCAAACUACGUCAGGGACAGUGAAUAUCCAAGGAGGUAGUCCAUACCCUACUACACAACCACCUCUGGGACAAGGAGGAAAGCAGCAGUUCAGUGGACCUCAGGGAAAUUACAAUGUACAUACUAUGCAGACAGCCUAUCCUGUGCAGGGUAAUUCAGCGUUCGGACAGAACUACUCAAGUGCGGCACCUUCGAACACUGCUUCUCUACCACCGCCGUAUGAAAGUGUGUCCGGUAUGAAACACUGAACAGUGUGCAGUUCAUGCGACUAAAGUUAAAAAGAGAUUACAGAAUUGUUAUUAUUGUUAUUUAUGUUACUUUGAAAAAAACGGAAAUCCACGUUAAUCAUAAAAUAUGCAAAGUAUGUCCUAAUGCAAGCUUGGCUCUAGGUUAUGAGAGAAAUUGAUAUAGAUCUACAUCGUCAAUAUUAACCUCAAAUGUGUAUUUGUUGAGUCUAAACUUUUUUCCCUCGAGUUGUAUCCUUUCAUUUUGGACAUUGAAAUAUUACAAAUACAGCUUUGUAUAUCAAAUCAGGAAGUAACUAUGAAGGUGAUUUCCUUUCAAAAAGUUCGAAAUACAAUGUCAUACAUUGGGUGUGCUUGCUGAGUCUGAUUACUUUCAUCAAUUCCAGUUAUAUCUAGAUUUAAUUUGUUUCCAUGACGGUUUUAGCUCACAUCAAGGAAAGAGUCAAGGUGAACUUUUAGUAUAGGCUAAAUGAGUGACCUGUUACUUCCGUUGUCCAUCUUCCUAACACAUCUACUCCUUUGAAGCUUUUACUGCUUAGAAUUACACCAGUGAAACAUCCUUCAAUCUUCAAUCACUGGCCCAGAGCUCAAAAUAACAAAUCAUAAAAAAAAUUUUCCCCGGUUUGAAGCUUCCUUGAAUGGAUCUUUCUUAAGUUGGUUAAAAAGAUGGACAUGUAAAUACAUGUAUAUUGAAUUUUGGACUCCGUAUCUGAAUAUUUUUCUUAAAAAAAUUAACAAUAUAACAAGAGCAAUGAUAAAUUUUGUAGUCAUCCUGCAGGUUCAAAUGAGACUUUGUGUACAUGGUAAGCAUGAAGUGGACAUGUGUAUAUUGGAGUAUUUAGGCCUGAUUUCAUUUUUUGGUUUUGGCCUAAUAAUAUUUUCUCGAGCAUUCUUGGAGGUAUCUGUGAUAUAAUACUGACAUUAUUCUUGUUAAUAAGAUUAUAUCUAUCUAUAUAUAAGUUAUUACCAGUGCUACAUGGCAGCAGCUGAAUAAUAAAUAUUAGAGAUAGAAGUAUUUCAUGACCAUUAUUUGGAAGCAUAUUUAGAUGUUAAAGAACAUGACAUUGUCGUCUGCAUGUCAUUUACAACCUACUAUUUAUAAGCUGUCAAAGAUUUAUUUUGUCGUGAGUUCAUGUUGGUCUAUAAGAGAACUACUCUAAUGUUUUGUUUUUAUUUUACAUUUUUGAGUACUGUAACCGUCAUGUUUACAAUUGUGCAUAUGGUUUCACAACAUAUUUUAAUCCGAACUAUAUUUCAAUUACCGAUAGUUUGAAUAUUUACCGCAGUAGCCCGCCCGCUUAGCUCAAUAGGGAGAGCGCAGAUCUACGGAUCACUAGGUCGUGAGUUCGAUCCUCGGGAGAGGCGUAUAUUCUCCGUGACGAUUUGAUGAAAGGCCACUCGUCCUCCGCCUCUGAUCCAUACAUGUGGAGAAGUUGACAGUUACUUGUUGAGGACAUGUUUGUGCUGGUACAUAAUCCAGGAACGCUGGUUUGUUUAACGGCGUUAAACCCAAAAUAAAUAAAUUUACCACACGACUAUAUUCUAACGUUCAUUAAGAAAUAAUAUAUAUCCCAAACAGUGAUUUGUCGUUGAAUAAAAUCUUUGUUUGGAUUUCAGAUGUGAAGGAAUUAUAUGACGAGUGCGCAGCCUGAGCGAUAUAAUUAUACGCAUCUCAACGACAAACAACGGUUUUAUUCAAGAGCUAAUCAUUGAUUGAGAUAGUUCAAUUCAAAAAUACUAUCAUGCUCAUAUUUGACAACAUUCAUCAAAUUGUUUCUUGUUUUGUUUUUUGGUUUACUUUUCGAGGCACUGGUAUACGUUUAAUGCUAUGUCGUCAUAAUUGUAACGUACAAAUAAUGAAUUGUUGCAUAAUAGUCUUCGGGCGCUUAAGUGUGUUCCCUUGUUGCUCUGUCUUCUGCAAAGGCACUGAGUACAUGCGUUUUAGGUUCUUAAGGAUUGCAUUUGGCACAAUAAACAUGGGGUUGACCGGCUCUUUUUCCACCAUUUUGAACCAAAUCACAUGCGUAUGAAGAAUACUCUCUAGAUGGCUGCAAACAGGCCCUAUCAAAAAGUCAUGCAUAUUCUGACAUUCUCAAUCUGUCAAAUUGUACAUGUACAUACUAUUUCAUAUCUCCUCUAUUAAAUUAUGCCAUUAAUUGUAGUUCUUUCACUCAAAAUUCACCAAUAUUCACCAUCGAACAGAGGAACUACUUUCCGCGUAACCACUUCCUUAUUGUGGGCAAAUAACUGUGGUCUUGUGCCUAUUUAUAUAAAUAUACAAGAGCAUUUGCGUAUGUUAGGGUUUCAUCUAGCGGGGAUAACUUUUAUUUACAUGUCCUGUGACUUUGGAACAUGUUGGGGUUAGAGUGAGGUUAGGUGCACCAUAAACCAGUUUGAGCUUCCCAGUGGUGGUUUUGCGACAGACCAUUCCAUGCCAGUGCUCCACUGUGUUCCUUUAUUUGUUCGUUUUGUCCAUGUGUGUUUGCUUUGUGCGAAUGUGUUUGUUGGUCGUGUAUGCGUGCGCGUGUUUGGUUUUCGUUUGGGGAGGCUGCGUUUUUAGAACGUGGCUUUCCCUGAUGGCUAUUUAUCCUUGUUUCUUUGUUAAAGGGUAAAUAAAUCGGGGGCGUGUUAGAAUUCACACUUGCCACAAUUAUAAAUACAACUGUAUAUGUAUGUAAUGUUUACGAAGAUCUGUUGUCUUUGUUUUAUUGCAGUUGUUUUGUGUCCCACAAGAUUUUUUGUAAGGCACAUUGAGUUCCCUUUGUCCGUCCGUCCGACUUCAUGUUGUGCAUGCAUAUCUAAAAAGGGUUUGAUCUAGAGUCAUCAAACUUCGCAGCAGGAUUGUUAUUCAGCAUGUGAAUGCGUGCACCUGCUGUUUCAAUUAGGAUUUCACACAGCCAGGCCAAAGUUUAGGCCCAUGACUUAGUAACAGGUAUGCAUUAAAAGGCCUCGAAGUUUGUGCACCUGAAACAUAAAAAUGCCCCAAAGUUUGUGCACCUGAAAAAGUAUUUAACUCAGGAAUAUGGAACAGUAUAGUGAUAUUGUACAGAAUGUGAUGUUGUGCAGUGCACCUGGGGUUUUGUUUGACAUUUCUCUCGGUCAGAUCAUAGUUACGGCCCUUGACUUAGUAGAAAAUAUGCAUAAAAGGGCAUGAAAGUCUGUGUCACACAUACCUAAAACUUAUUUAAUCUAGGGUCAUGAAACAUGACAAGAGUAUCAUUCAGUAUGAUAAGUUGUGCAUCUGACUGGGGGUUUUGCUUGGGGUUUUUGUCAGAUAAGGAUUAUUACCCUUGAAUUAGUCAAAAUAAGCAUGAAGGGCCGUUUGUAUCGCAUGUAUCAUAAAACAUAUUUGACGUAGAGUCGUAAAACAUUAAAGGAUUGUUAUAUAGCAUGUGAAGCUGUGCAGCUGGUGUUCUGUUUAUGAUUUCACUCAGCCAGACCAGAGUUAUGGUAUUUGAGUUAGUGAAAAAAUACACAUUAAGUUUAUAACGGUUUGUGUUGCAUAUUAUUAAAAGUGAUGGACCAAGAGUCAUGAAACCAAGUGAAAGUAUUUUUUAGCAUGCGAAUUUGUGUACCCGAGUUUUGUUUUUUGGAUUUCACUCUGCAAAAUCAGAUUUAUGGCCCUUAACUUAGUCACAGAAUGUGCAUUAAACGAAUAGAGGUUUAUGUCUCCUGUAUCUCAAAAAGUAUUUGACAAAGAGUCAUAAAAUGUUAUAGGGUUGUUAUAUAGCAUGUGAAGACGUAGUUGUGCAUAUGGUUCACUCUUUGUGAUUUAACGAAGCCAAACCAGAGUUAUGGUCCAUGACUUAGUUAAAAAUACACAUAAAGUGCUUAAAAGUUAAUCAAACAUAUCACUUAGAGUUCUUACGACUUUUAGCUGUAACAAACCAAAGAGCAUAGCAUUCUAUGACGAAAGAUCCCAAUUGCCUGUGGCGGUAUUCGAACCCGGCCGGGUCCCUCGGGUGCUAGUCCAUUGCUCUAACCACUGAGCCAAAGAGUCAAUUCCCUGAAGCAUGUUAAGAGAUUGACUUUUAUAUGUGCCGGCUAUGCGUAAGCAACCGUAACAGAAUAAUGAAACCAUGUACAGUGACAGGAAUUGGGGGCACCUGUGCCCUGUGGACACAUACCUAGUUAUGUUUAAUCUUCACCGUAUUUAGAGAUAUAUUACGUUAUGUGUAUAGUGUUGCCUGUGGUCUUACUACAACUCUAAACUGCUGUGAUAGUUACCGAUCCUUGACAUAUCAUUUUACGACAGUAUUUACAUCUUUAUUUUCAUAAAGUUUACUGUGAUUUUUACAUUCGGUUGGUUGUUUUAAUAUACGAUAUUUUUUAGGGGUUUUAUGCUCCAUGUAAGACAAUCACCUCUUAAAUGGUUUUCCAAUAUUUAUUUCAAUAUUUUAAUGCUUUGCAUGUAUAAGCAGGUGUCUAAAAAAUUAAUUGACCAAAUGUUUUCAAGCUACAUACAAGAUAUCGGUAUUAUAGGUUGAUCUAACGCGACAAGUUACUUAUUUCUAGUAUUUAGGCCUAUAUCGUCGAACUUAUGCCACUUUUUAACUCAGACAUUUCCCUGUUCAUCUUUGCCGUCUCAAGCAAAGUUACACAGUACUGUUUGGUUUUCUUUCUUCGCUUGAGUUUGGUAUCGUAGUUCUUAGUGUUAACCUUUACCCUGCUAAAUUUCUAAAAUGGACUGGUCCAUCAUUCAGUUUGGGCAGUACCACUUAUAAUUCAAAGGGGUGUUUACUGAAAACUUACUAACUGAACAGUGGACAGUGUAGACCAUGAUCAGCCUGCACGGAUCUUGGUCUGCGCUGGUCGCAAAGGCAAAAUCAUUUGCCGCCAGCAGGCUAAAGGUUAACGUAUAUACGGAUAUUUUACCUCUCUGUUUUUAUGUUAUAUAUUCUUCUAUAUUUACAAUAAAAGUACAGAAAUAAA